UCACUCACUCGCUCUCAGCCUCUCUCUCUCUCUCUCUCUCUCUCUCGAUUUCUCGAUUUCUCGAUCGAUAACAAUGCAUUACCAGGCCGAGUCGUGGGGGUCUUACAUGCAGAGUCGGGGCGGAGUAUCCGACCCGCUAGAGCGAGUCGAGCGCCUGGCCUCCGAGAACGCGGUGGUUAUCUUCAGCGUCAGCACGUGCUGCAUGUGCCACGCAAUCAAGCGGCUCUUCUGCGGGAUGGGGGUCCAUCCGACCGUCUACGAGCUGGACGAGGACCCCAGAGGGAAGGAGUUGGAGAAGGCCCUGAUGCGCCUCCUCGGCAGCUCCUCCGCCGUUCCCGUCGUUUUCAUUGGCGGGAAGCUCGUGGGAGCCAUGGACCGUGUCAUGGCUUCUCACAUCAACGGCACCUUGGUCCCAAAGCUCAAGGAAGCUGGCGCUCUUUGGCUCUAGUGGCAUGAUAGUAAAAACCAACAAACCAAAGGGGUAGGAGAGUCUUUGUCAUAGACAGAAAGGAAGGUUUCCUCCAUUUUGUAUUACAGGAUUGGGUUAUUUUCGGUAUUAUGAGGGGUAUUUUAUGUGGGUUUUUCUUCUUCUUUCAUUUUCUGUGUUUUUUCAAUUUCAAGGAGGCUCGGGGUAGAAAUGUAAUUUUCCGUCUUUGUAUAGAAAGAAAAAAGACGUAGAAGAAAAUGAAUUGAGAUUAUGCGCGUUUUUCUC